CGGCGUCGCUCUCGCGCUCGGAGUCCGAGGCUUCAGGGGAGCUCGCGGAGGCCUCACGACACAAACACAGACGGGCGUUUUUGCGCCUCGUACCCGAAUGGAUUACUAAUAAUUAAACCGCGCGCGUUAAAAUGACCGGUAACGCUUCUAUGCGUUACGUGCGGGCGGGCGGCAGAACGGAAGAAAACGUAAAGUGUUUUUAUUGUUAGCGAGGGGGAGACGGAAGGAUGUGCGUAGCCGAGUUAGCUUUAGCAUUUAGCUCGUCUGUUGCUCUGACAAAAUAAUCGAACGAUUGGCAAACGGUUCACCACAGAGCCGAUUGGUUUGUUUUAUGAACGAGUGAAAUAUACAGUUGCGUAGUAUUUUGAUAGCAGUUCGCCUCAGAGAACAGCGUUGCUAACUAGCGAGCCGCUGUACGGAAUCGAUCGAGUCGCUAGCUAACGCUUUGCAAGAAGACGAAACGGAUCGAGUGUAACGUGUGUCAUCUCUCGUUAACCCACAGAAGACUCGAGUGAUGGAUUGAGUGAGAUGUGAGGGAUGGUCAGCAUAUAAAUAUAUUUGAGAACCUCCGUGUUUGUUGAUCUUCUCUGGCCAGCCGUCAGUAUGAAUGGGGACAUGCCACAUGUGCCCAUCACAACCCUGGCUGGGAUUGCUGGUCUUACUGACUUGCUGAACCAGCUGCCCCUGCCCUCUCCUCUGCCGGGCACCAGCACUAAGAGUCUGCUGUACAGUGGGCGUGUAGCUGAUGAAGUCAAUCGUCUGAUGGACUGCAGGGAUGAGACUCUGGUCUCUCAGAUCGCUAGCGGCCUCAGCCAGGUCUCCACAGAGCACAUAGAGCUGAAGGACGGUCUGGGCAGUGAUGAGUUGGAGGGCGAUGUACCGGUGCUGUUGCAGCUCAUGCUGUCCAGGAACCCAAACAUCUUCAGAAAUAAAAGCACACCCAACACUCCCCAGUAUCCUGCACAGACGGGUCUAGGCCAGCAGUCAAUGGCACCCCCUUAUAAAAUCUCACACGGCCCCAUGCAGGGAAGCCCGGCCUCUGGCAACUACCAGCAGGCCUCCAUGUCCCACAGUCCCUCUGGGCGUUUCGUGGCAGGCCAGUCUGGUUCUGGCGGACGGUUUUUGCCUCAGCAGAGCAGUCCAGUGCCCAGCCCAUAUGCCCCUCAGAGCCCCGCUACUGGCUACAGACAGUAUCCUCACCCACCGGCCUACAGCCAACACCAGCACAUACAGCAAGGUUCAGUAGCAAGUCCAAUGAUCCCAGGUGGCAUGAGAAAUGUUCAUGAGAACAAGGAUCAGAUGAGAACGUUUACGGGCGCGUCUCAUAUCCUGCAGUCCUCUCCACCCUACACCCCUCCUCGUGACGGGGCUUCAGAUCUGCUCCUCAGCUCCCCGGAGAAGCAGCGCGGUCUGAAACCCGGCGAGGUGGAACGCGAGCAGGACGAUAAGGCUGCGGUGUAUGAUAUCGUGGGUUCACCUUCAAAAGACCACACUAAGCUUAUCCUGCGUGGGUCGCGGGCGCGGCCGGCCGAGAUGGAGCUGGGUGGAAUGUACCCGGGCUCUGACCCUGAGGGAGAACUCGUCGAGGCUUUGGCUGCAAUAGAAAGGAUGGAAAGUGAAGCAGCCAUGGAGACGGAGCGUAGCGCUAAAGAGGUUCAGGACAAAGAUAAACCUCUGAAGAAGCGCAAACAGGACUCUCAUCCGCAGGAGCCCGGCGCAGCCGGAACAGCAGGUUCGGGCGCCGGGGCCCCUGGUGGGGGUGGCGGAGCUAACGCCGGGCACAGGCUUGCCCCUCAAGAGGCUAGUGCCGCCGGUACCAGCGCCAGCUGUCCGGGCCUCCAGGUGGGCUUGGAACAGGUGGGCAGGGUGGAGGAUGCCUGCAUGGGCGUGCCCAUCCCUGCCAGCGAGGCCCAACGCUGGCCUCAGGAACCUCAGGAGGGUGUCACUCCGAAAGCACUCAAACACAAGCAUGACCAUGCACCAGAACAACGGCAUCACCCUGACGACAAGCAGCCCGACACUCCGCGGCCGAAACACAGGCCCGAGGGUCGCCACGCCGAUGCCCAGUCUGGGAGCAAACCCGUCGAGCUUCUUCCGUACCUCCUGGGUGAAAACACAGGCACAGGAGCGCUCAAGAACUUCACCAUCCCUAAAAUCAGGAAGGACGGAGGGGGAGAUGUUCCGGAAGGCUGGAAGCAGCCGUGCGUGCGCCUGGAGAGACUGGAGGCUGAAGCUGAUGUGAAGAAAAGUGUCAAGCCUGUGGUGGUCCUGCAGAAGCUCUCUAUAGAUGAGGUGCAGAGACUCAUGAGAGAGCGAGACUCACGGGGCUCAAAGUCCAGCAAGAACAGACAUUCCUCCGGGAGAUCAGGGAAAGGUGGUAUAGACCCGUCGGUGUUGAAGGAUCUUCCUCCUGAGCUUCUGGCAGAGAUCGAGUCCACAAUGCCUCUGUGUGAGAGAGUCAAGAUGAACAAACGCAAACGCAGUACUGUUAAUGAGAAACCCAAGUAUGCAGAGGACAGUUCUGAUGAUGAGAAAUACCCAUCUCGCAAACGUCAGAAGAAAGAGCGUGACAGAACGUGGGAUGUCGAGGAGCGAGACCGGAGGAGUUCUGGGGAACAUCGGCGUGGAAACUUUGACGCGCGCAGAGGUUCAGGAAGCCGAUAUGAUGACUCUGAUGUGGACUCUCCUCCUCCCAGCCUCAGUGAUGUUGCAAGACGUUUAAAGUCAAAAGAGAAGCAAAAGAAACGUAAAGCAUAUGAACCCAAGUUGACACCUGAAGAAAUGAUGGACUCAUCCACAUUUAAGAGGUUCUCGCUGAGCAUUGACAACAUCUUGGAGAACUUGGAGGAUGUGGAUUUCACAGCUCAAGAUGACGAUGAGAUUCCUCAGGAGUUGUUGUUGGGCAAACAGCAGUUGAGUGAGCUGGGUAGUGAAUCUGCAAAGAUAAAAGCCAUGGGCAUCACCUGCAGGAUUCCCUCUGAUAAACUGGUGAAGCUGUUGAACAUCUUGGAGAAGAACAUUCUGGAUGGAGCCAAUCUUAGCACGCACAUGAACCUCGAUAAUGAUGGCGAGGAUGAGGAGCGUCUCUGGAGGGAUCUCAUCAUGGAGCGUGUGACCAAAUCAGCAGAGGCAUGUCUGACGGCCCUGAACAUCAUGACAUCAUUACACAUGCCUAAAGCCGUAUACAUCGAGGAUGUGAUCGAGAGGAUUCUACAGUACACUAAAUUUCACCUGCAGAACACUCUCUAUCCGCAGUAUGAUCCCGUCUACAGGGUCAACCCUAAAGGAGGUUCCCUGCUCAGUUCUAAAGCGAAGCGAGCAAAGUGUUCCACCUCAAAGCAGCGCGUCAUCAUCAUGCUGUAUAACAAAGUGUGUGAUGUCGUCAGUAACAUCUCUGAGCUGCUGGAGAUUCAACUCCUCACUGACACCACCAUACUACAGGUCUCGUCGAUGGGCAUCACACCGUUCUUUGUGGAGAACGUCAGCGAGUUGCAGCUGUGUGCCAUUAAGCUGGUGACGGCGGUCUUCUCUCGCUAUGAGAAACACAGGCAGUUGAUUCUAGAGGAGAUUUUUACUUCAUUGGCCAGACUGCCUACGAGCAAACGCAGCCUCAGAAACUUCAGGUUGAACAGUUGUGAUGCGGAGGGAGAGCCGGUGUUUAUUCAGAUGGUCAGUGCUCUGGUCCUGCAGUUGAUUCAGUGUGUGGUCCACCUGCCGUCAGAGAUGUACUCUGAAGAGGAUCACAAGAAGGUCGAUGACGACGUGUUGAUCACCAACUCGUACGAGACGGCCAGAAGGACGGCGCAGAACUUCCUCUCCGUCUUCCUCAAAAAGUGUGGCAGUAAACAGGCGGAGGAAGAUUACAGGCCGCUGUUUGAAAACUUUGUGCAGGAUCUGUUAUCUACGGUCAACAAACCCGAAUGGCCCGCUUCUGAGCUGCUGCUGAGCCUGCUGGGAAGAUUACUGGUGCAUCAGUUCAGUAACAAGCAGACAGAAAUGGCCCUGCGAGUGGCAUCGCUGGACUAUCUGGGCACCGUCGCCGCCCGGCUGAGGAAAGAUUCUGUUACUAGCAGAAUGGAUCAGAAAGCCAUCGAUCGCAUCGUCAGAGAGAGCUCGGAGGGAGACGAGACCCAACGGUUGCAGAAAGCACUGUUAGAUUACAUGGACGAGAGCGCAGAGACCGACCCCGCCCUCGCUUUUUCACGCAAGUUUUACAUCGCUCAGUGGUUCAGAGACUGCACUACGGAGGCUGAGAAGGCCAUGCGCAACACAAACCCGAAGGAUGACGAUUCAGACGGGGCGCAGCACGCUAAAGAGCUGCAGGCCACCGGAGACAUCAUGCAGCGCGCCGAGACGCGAAAGAAAUAUCUGCACAGGGUCAUUAAAUCCACUCCCAAUCAGUUUACUACUCUCAGGAUGAAUUCAGACACGGUGGACUACGAGGACGCCGGCCUUAUCGUUCGCUAUCUGGCCUCCACCAGACCCUUCUCUCAGAGCUUUGACAUCUACCUGACACAGAUUCUGCGUGUUUUAGGGGAGAGCGCUAUAGCGGUCCGGACUAAAGCCAUGAAGUGUCUGUCUGAGGUGGUGGCUGUGGACCCCAGUAUUCUGGCCAGGUCUGAUAUGCAGCGAGGUGUUCACGGGCGUCUGAUGGAUAACUCCACCAGCGUGAGAGAGGCAGCUGUGGAGCUGUUGGGCCGUUUUGUGUUGAGUCGACCUCAGCUGACAGAGCAGUACUAUGACAUGCUCAUCGAGAGGAUACUGGACACGGGUAUCAGCGUGAGGAAGAGAGUGAUCAAGAUCCUGCGAGACAUUUGUUUGGAGCAGCCCAACUUCAGUAAGAUCACGGAGAUGUGCGUGAAGAUGAUCCGCAGGGUGAACGACGAGGAAGGCAUCAAGAAACUGGUGAACGAAACAUUCCAGAAGCUCUGGUUCACACCCACGGCCAACCACGACAAGGAAACCAUGAACAGAAAGAUUCUCAACAUCACAGAUGUGGUGGCUGCCUGUCGAGACACGGGUUACGACUGGUUUGAGCAGCUUCUGCAGAACCUGUUGAAGUCUGAGGAGGACUCGUCUUAUAAGCCUGCGAGGAAAGCCUGCGUGCAGCUAGUUGACAAUCUGGUGGAGCACAUCCUGAAAUACGAGGAGGCGCUAGCAGAGCACAAGAGCGUGAACUCAACACGGUUGGUGGCGUGCAUCACUACGCUGUAUCUGUUCAGUAAGAUCCGCGCGCAGCUGAUGGUCAAGCAUGCCAUGACGAUGCAGCCCUACCUCACCACCAAGUGCAGUUCUCAGAGCGACUUCAUGGUGAUCUGUAACGUCGCUAAGAUCCUGGAGCUGGUGGUUCCUCUGAUGGAUCAUCCCAGCGAGAGCUUCCUCACCACCAUUGAAGAAGACCUAAUGAAACUUAUUUUAAAAUACGGCAUGACUGUUGUCCAGCACUGCGUCAGCUGUUUGGGAGCGGUAGUGAAUAAAGUGACCCGUAAUUAUAAGUUUGUGUGGGCGUGUUUUAACCGUUAUUACGGAGCUCUGACCAAGCUGAAGGUUCAGCAUCAGGAGGGUACAAACAGCAUGGCCAUGACCGCCACUAAAGCAGCGCUCCUCAGAUCACUCUUCACUGUCGGAGCUCUCUCUAGACACUUUGACUUCGACCGAGAGGAUUUCAAGGGCACCACGAAGGUCGUGAUAAAGGAGAAGGUUCUGGAAUUACUGCUGUACUUCACCAAUCAUGAGGAUGAGGAGGUCCGAUGUAAAGCCAUCAUUGGUUUGGGGUUUCUGUUAAUCAUGCACCCGAGUCAGAUGUUUGUACCGGAGGUGAAGUCUCUGUAUAACGGAUUGCUGUCUGACAAGAGAAGCAGCAUCACGCUGAAGAUUCAGGUGCUGAAGAAUCUCCAGAUGUACCUGCAGGAGGAGGACUCGCGCAUGCAGGAAGCUGACAGAGAAUGGCAGAAGAUGUCGAAGCAGGAGGAUCUGAAGGAGAUGGGCGAUAUCUCGUCCGGGAUGAGCAGCUCUAUCAUGCAGCUGUAUCUCAAACAAGUCCUGGAGUCUUUCUUCCACACGCAGUCCAGCGUGCGACACUUCGCCCUUAACGUCAUUGCCUUGACCCUCAGCCAGGGCCUCAUACACCCCGUACAGUGUGUGCCAUAUCUGGUCGCCAUGGGAACGGACCCAGAGCCCACCAUGAGGAACAAAGCCGACCAGCAGCUGGUGGAGAUUGAUAAGAAGUACACUGGAUUCAUCCAUAUGAAAGCCGUAGCAGGGAUGAAGAUGUCUUAUCAAGUACAGCAGGCGAUCCUGGGGUCGUCGGCAUCCAUCAUCCGUGGCUUCCGUCAAGACGAGUCCAGUUCUGCGCUGUGUUCUCACCUGUACAGCAUGAUCCGGACAAACAGACAACACAGACGAGCGUUCCUCAUCUCGCUCCUCAAUCUGUUCGAUGACAGCUCGAAGAUGGAGGUGAACAUGCUGUUGUUCGUCGCUGAUAAUUUGGCCUACUACCCAUAUCAGUCACAGGAGGAGCCUCUGUUCAUCAUGCAUCACAUAGACAUCACACUGUCCGUGUCGGGCAGCAACCUGCUCCAGUCAUUCAAAGAGUCUCUCAUCCGAGUUCCGGGUCGUAAGAGUCGGAAGAAGAGACGACGGAGACAACAGAACGGUUCCGAAGAGCCGGAGGAAGAGCGAGACCUCGGCAACGAGGAGGGCGAGGAUGAUGAUUUUGAGGAGGACGAAGAGGGCCAGCGGGUGAGAAAGCCCAGGCCGACGGAGAACGCCAAGGAGGUGCAGUCUGAAUCCGAUUCGGAUUUGGAGGAUAUGGAUGCCGUCAUGGAGCGUCUGCCCGACGACACCUCGCCUCUCUUGGACUUCGCCAGAGCAUCACAAGGCAUUUUAUUACUGCUGGUGCUGAAACAACAUCUCAAGAACCUCUACGGCUUCUCAGACAGUAAAAUUCAGAAGUACUCUCCCACUGAGUCGGCCAAGGUGUACGACAAAGCCGUGAACAGAAAGACAUCGGUGCACUUCAGUCCGCGGCAGACCAUCGACUUCCUCAACCACGAUGACGUUCACGAUAACCUGACGCACCAGAUGAAGAAGAAAAUCGUCAAACAAUACCUUGAUUUCAAGUUGCUAAUGGAGCACCUGGACCCCGAUGAAGAGGACGAGGAUGGAGACACGAGUGCAAACGUGAGGAACAAAGCCAUCACAGCACUGCUGGGGGGAGGGUCUGCGAGCCCCCGAAACCACCACACGCUUGACUCCGAGGAUGCAGAUAGCGAAGGAGAGGAGAGAACGCCUGGGGCGUCUAAGCGAGGGAAACGUGACCUGCUGUUGGCCAACAUGAGCGAGACCGUCAGCGCACUUGACAUCAUAGCCAUCCACUGCCCCAAAUACAGAGACCGGCCGCAGAUAGCACGUGUCGUCCAGAGGAACAGUGACGGUUACAGCAUCCACUGGAUGGCCGGAUCGUACUCCAGCACCUGGUCCGAGGCCAAGCGCCGCGACGGACGCAAGCUCGUGCCUUGGGUGGACACCAUCCGAGAGACGGACAUCAUCUACAAAAAAAUCACACUCACGAGCGGCAACAAGCUCACCCACAAGAUGGCACAGACUCUACGUGCGCUGUAUGCUGCCAAGGACAGAAACUCCAGCUAAUGAUACGUCAACACACGAUUCCCAUCAUGCCUACCAGCCAAACAUCUCCCGGGUCAUCUUAUGUCAGCCAAACACACACGCGAGCGGCUCAUGUACACUACAGACUUCUCUCUGAUGGACGCCGGGUGUGACGCCGGAGUGCAUCGUCGUAUGGCAGGAAUAAAAUGUUUGGAGAAACAUUGUAUGGGUGCUCCUUCGCUGUUGUGCAGCAGAUUUCUGGUUGUUUGAUUUCUACUCCCAGUGUAUCAUAGUUUAACAUAAAAAAUAUUGUUUAUAUCUAUAAAAGAAAUUUAAAUAUAUACUGAAUGUUGAAAGAAUUAGUUUGUCGAUGUUUUUACCCUUUUUUCCCUUUCUCUUGUUUUUGGAUUUCUUAGCGUCAGACGGCUUUCUAUAGCUUAGCUCCUCCUCUACCGGCUGACGACUCUUUCUGUUGAGCUGUUUGUCCAUUUUUGUACGAUAGCACCGUGUGGCUGUAAUUUAUUGUGUAUAGCAUGCAGUGUCUGUGAGGAGGGCUGUGUCCAAGGACAUUUGCGAUGAAACCUGUCGCCCUGCUCAGCGUAAAGGGACCCACACGCCUCUGAUGGAACAAAUACUGCAAUAAAUUUUCUACUUCUCUUA